AACCCCGGUACACACACUUGCGCCCCCUCUUUAACUUAGCCUUAUAUUAAGACCAAGUUCAACCUGACAGCUCCCAAACUCCCUCCUUUCCCAAAUAAUACAUCCUUUUUUCCCGUCUUUAAACAGCAAAAAAUCCAACCAGCGAAAGCUCUACUGCAUCGAGUUGUCGGCCCUCUUUGUAUAAUGAAGGCGUCUUAUUCUUCUGUGUUACUUGGGAAAGAAGAGAAAAGCUCCCCUCCUCCUCCUCCUCCCAAGAUGUUUCUGAAUCCUGAUUUUUUCAUGGAGGAAUGGAAGAAGAAGAAGGUUCAAGAUUUUGAGGAACAGAGCAGUGAUGGGUUGAAGAAAGUGAAGGCUAAUUGGGGGAAUGCUUCGAUUUUUGGUACAUAUGGGUGGUCAGAACAACACUCGUCUUCGUCUGGUUUAAGCAGUCCUUUAGGGUCUGAACUUGGUUCGACGGAGACUGACGAAACUGAAAGCGGAGAAGAUGAAGAUUUUAUUGCUCAGUUGACUAGACAAAUGGCUGAUUAUAUGCUUAACGACGAUGAAGAGGAAGAGGAAGAUGUUUCUGUUGAUGAAAAUGAUGUUGCUGAUGACAACAGAGUCAUGAACUCCACUCCAAAUACUGUUCAGGCUGUUAGCCCAAAUGGGUUGGCUGGAAAUUGGUCAAAUUACAAUUCCAUGGAGAUAUGUUACUAUAAUCAAGAAUCUUUAGGCACAUAUGUUAAGCCUGGUGGAGACUCAUCUGUGAAUCAUCAAAUGAAGAAUUCUAGUACAGUAUUUUACUCUUGUGAUGAUUUGAAGAGACCAAUUCAAGUAUACCAUUUGAAAGACCAACCAACCACAGCGAAACAGAAAAAAUCUAGAGGAAAAAGAGUCAAGGGGACGAAUACUGAAUCAGUACAGAAACUCAAGAAUGAAAAAAACAACAUGCAGAGUAGUACUUUUACCAAUAAAAAAACACUUGGUGGACAUGGGCAUGGUGGAGAUAAGUCUUAUCAUCUUCAUCAUCAUCCAGCACAAAGUAGUGGAGUAGGGAUGAGGGCUAUAUUUCUAGGAGGAGGAACCGGUUCGAUUAACGGGCCUUCUGGAACCGGAGUCUUCUUGCCUCGCACAAUUAAUAAUCCAAAUCCAACUACGACAGAACCAAAAAAGAAAUCUGGAAGUUCCACGGUUCUAAUACCAGCAAGAGUACUACAAGCUCUGCAACAACACUUCAACCACAUGGAUGCCUUGUCUCAAUCAAACACGUGUGCUGUCUCUUCUUCUCACCUUCCCAAACAUGAGAAUGAAACAGAGGAUUUGGUUUCUAAGGAAAACCUUGUACGUUCAGAAGACCAAACAAGUGUGGUAAACGACCAAGAGGUGCAACUACCUCAAGAAUGGACGUACUAAACAUAGUUGAUGAUGAUGGGUUAUCAAUAAUUGUCAUUAUUUAUUGGGAAGCAACUAAUAAGGACUAGGGUGCAUGUGAAGAAUAUUCUUAUGUCAAUUAAUAAUGGAAUCUUUGUGUUUAUGUUUUUGUGCUUGUAUCUCAUAGUACUAAGUCGGGCUUGCUUCUUAGGAUAAUGUUGUUGUUCUUAUGGGAGGGAUAAAUAUCUUAUUUAUGAUUCCUUGUAGUAAUAAAAUUGAUUGGAGCUAGGUGUGAAUCAUGUUCCAAUUCAAGUAUGUAAAAAGCCAAGUGCUAAUAAAGUUGUUCCUUUUA